GAAAGCAACGACUGCUUCUGGGUGGAACUGGUAAGGUUUUCCUUCUUUCUACAUUGUGAAAAAGCCGACGAAAAGCGUGUUGUUAGGGUUGUUAACAUGUCGAAAAGUGAGACAAAAGAAAUAACUAUACGGCAACUGUACACAGAGCUGAACAAACACUGUUCGAGCGCCGAAUACGAUAAGGCACUGAAGGCUGCUAAUAAAAUUAUCGGUCUCGACGCGACCGAAUGGAAAGCGGCCAAAUGUAAGCUGGUCUGUCUGAUACAGAGCGGAAAGUUCGAAGAGGUGCUAAAAUUUAUCGAACGUGGCACAUCCAUUCCGGACACUACAUUCGAGAAGGCAUACAGCGAGUAUCGGCUAAACAGGGCUGAAGAUGCGUUUCGCACGAUUAAGUCUGGGUUACCAACCGGGGCGAGUGGCGGAGGCGUUGAGCAAUGGGCCGGAUUGUCGCCGAAUCUGAAGGAGCUGCUGGCACAGAUCUUUUACCGGUUGGAGCGCUUUGACGAAUGUUUCGAGCUGUACCGGAACAUCAUCAAGAAUACGCACGACGAUUACGAUGAUGAGCGUCGAACGAACAUGAGCGCAGUGGCCGCAAACCGAUGCAUCGUCGGUGGUAGUGUUGAUAAACAGCAACAGCUGGCUGCCAUGAAUCUGCCCGAGGACACGUACGAGCUGACGUACAAUGCGGCAUGUGCAUUGGCUGGUCGGAAGGAGUAUGGGGAAGCCGAGCGCAAGUUACGUACGAGCGAAAAGAUGUGCCGUGAUUCGCUCGAAGAGGACGGUGCGACCGAAGAAGACAUUAUUGACGAGAUCACCAUCAUCAAGGUGCAGCUGGCUUACUGCCUGCAGAUGCAGGGACGGGUAAAGGAAGCAUCGGCACUGUAUGCGGACGCGUUGCGUCACAAGACGAACGAUGCAGCGCUGACGGCGGUCGUCAGUAACAAUUUGGUCGUAAUCAACCGCGAUCAGAAUGUGUUCGAUUCGAAGAAAAAGAUGAAGGUGGCCACCUCCGAGCAGGCAGAACAGAAGCUUACCACCCGGCAAAGGAAGACGAUCGCGUUUAACAACUGCCUGCUGGCUUACUUUGCCAGUCCAGCGGAAUGUGGUUUGCUGGCGAGCCGGCUCGCAAACGCCCAUCCCGACCUUGAGUUCCAAUCGUUGUUGAUACGAGUGAGUCAGCUGGCACGCGAUAAGAAGUACCGGGAAGCGGUCGAACUGUUGGAGGGAUAUGCGCAACGAUUGCCCCGUGACCGGACGACCGAAGUACUGCAGGUGCGGUUUGCGAUCGUGCAGCUACAGCUGGUGGCAGGCAAUCGAAAGGCAGCGAUUGACACGCUCGAAUCGCUCGGGGAAGCUCGCUAUCAGCCGGGCGUCGUGUCGGCCCUGGUGACGUUGCACCUCGGGCUGGACAAUAAGCAGGCCGCCUCAGAGAUACUGAAAAGUGCAGUCGAGUGGUACAAGCGGCAGAAGAGCGCCACGAUUAGCGAUGGUGACCUGAGCGAUAUGUGGCGACAGGCGGCCAGCUUCCAUCUACGGGGCGGCGAACCGGAAACGGCCGCCAAAAGUCUCGAGGAGCUGUUACGAACCCAUCCGGAUGAUAUGAAGCUGCUGGCACAGCUGGUCAUUGCGUACGCCCAGUUCGAUCAGAAGCGUGCUCAGCAGGCAAGCAAACGGUUACCGGCACUGGAAACACUUACCACGGUAUCCGAGAUUGAUGCGCUCGAGGCAACGAACUGGAUGAUGAUAGCGAAGGCCGUCCGUCGCAAGCAAAAUCUGCCUGGUGGUGGUCGCAGCACCGGUGAUCAGUCUCCCGGUGCCGGCACACCGUCGGCGGAACAGCAGGCCGCAUCCCGCAAGCAAAAGCGCAAGAAGCGUAAGGGCAAACUGCCAAAGAACUACAUCAUCGGUGUGCUACCCGACCCGGAACGUUGGCUGCCGCGUUACGAACGUACCGGCUACCGGAAGAAGCGCGAUCGCCGCGUAAAGGAAGUCAUGAAGGGUAGCCAAGGAACCACUUCCGGACAGGCAGAUCAAUUCGACAUGACCAAGGCAUACAAUCAGACGAAGAACUCACCCGCGACACCUGGCUCUGGAGGGCCGGGGGGUGUUGCGCAGCUCGAACAGAUGGCCGCUGCUGCCGCUGCAACUCGCCAACUGCCUCGUAAAAGUCAGCACAAGAAGAAAAAGGGUAAACACUAGGAUGACAAAAAUAGGAGAAAAAGCGGCAGCAGUCCCAAAAAAUCGAUGGGGUAACAAUCUUUACACUGCCGACCGUUAGCAGAAUUCUGAACCGCAGUUCGGAAAUUGGAUUCAAUAAAACAUAGAGUAAGGUAAUACUAACAUCUAAACAUUUACACCGUUUUACAGGCAAGUUGCGAUCAAAUACCGUUGAAUGAGUGAUCUUUAUCAAGCGAUUUGGUAUCUCCUACAGUUCCAAAAAUCCAUCCAAUGCCACCAGGCUGUUGGGAUUAUCUUUUUAUCGAAAUGAGAUCUUUGUCAUUAAAAAACAGUUAAUUUAGCAACGAGUGAGGUGUGACUCGUAGCGAUCUUAAAUCAACGGAGGUUGAUCCUAACUGAUCCGAUAAACGGUACAUUAACAAUAUGUCUAGGAUGGGGAAGGAAGUGAAAUAUAUUGAAGCAUUGUUUUAAAUUUGCAUGUCCUGCAUUAUUUAUCAGUCACCAUUAGAGAAGUGUUGAUGAAGUAGAUCUAGAUAUAUCCGGAGCGGCUGAAAGCAAACGCGAUCACUGAGGGUGGCCAUUCGAUCCAAAUGUUGGGGUAUCUUGAACUGACAGUACGAUAGAUGGUGUCAAGUUCUAGGUGGAAAUUGUACACUAUCAAAUCAUGAUAACGGUAGAAAUUAUAA